AUUUCAUUGCGUAUGCCAAAGUACUUGAAUUUUUGCCAUCAAUAUUCUUGUUCACGAUGCUAAGGAAGAUCACCUAGUGUGUGCGAUUGAAACUUUGGGUUGAUCAAAUUGCUAUUGAAGAUACGUACAAAAGAACUGGCUGAGAGCACAAACUGGAUACAGUGCAGGUAAAAGUAGAGAACGAUUUUGUCUACAAGAAAAAAUAAUUGAGAGAGAAAUUAGUUAGAGAAGGAUAUGAAGAUCAUGGAGGAGAUAAAGAAAAAGAUGAAGAGAUCAAAUGUAUUGAUAGGAAUGUUAACAGUUCAAGUGAUAGCAACUGGAUUACAACUUCUUUCAAAAGUGAUAUUAAGUCAUGGGACCUUUGUUUUCGCACUCAUGAGUUACCGUCACGUUGUUGCAACUCUCUGCAUAGCUCCUUUUGCUUUAAUUUGGGAAAGAGAGAGCUUGAAGAAAGUAACAUGGUCGAUAUUUUUCUGGUUGUUCAUGAUCGCGUUAACCGGGAUCAUCAUGGCAAUGGGACUUUUCUAUUAUGGCCUCAAAGACACAACUGCGACAUAUGCAACUAACUUCCUCAAUCUAAUUCCAAUAGUGACCUUUAUCCUCUCAACUGUGUUACGUGUGGAAAAGCUAAGAUUGAAGACGAAGGCUGGUAAAGUUAAAAUUUUAGGUGCAAUGUUAUGCUUGGCUGGAGCAUUGACGAUUACUCUUUAUAAAGGGAAAGUUUUCUAUGUCAGUCAUCACAACAAGCAUCAAAAUAGUUCCAAGGAUCAUGCAAAUAUGCUUCGUGGGACUAUAUUUUUGAUGUGUAGCUGUAUGUCCUACGGUUUUUGGUUCCUUAUACAGGCCAAGGUGUCCAAAGUAUUCCCGUACAAAUAUUCUGCAACAUUUAUUAUAUGCAUGAUUGCAACUAUCCAAAGUGCGAUUGUUGGAGUAUGCAUAGAUAGAAGAAAGGCCUCUUGGAAGCUGGGACUCAAUUUGCAGCUAAUUACUAUCUUUUACUCGGGAGCAUUGGCAACGGCAGCAACAUUCUGCCUCAUAUCAUGGGCAGUUGAAAGAAGAGGACCAACUUACCCCUCUAUGUUCAAUCCUCUUUCUUUGAUUUUUGUAGCUAUAGCAGAAGCUGUCUUCCUUGGUCAAGAGACCAGUAUCGGAAGCUUGCUUGGCAUGUUUCUGAUCAUAGUGGGAUUGUACUCGUUCCUGCGGGCAAAAAGCAAGGAGCUCACACAAAUUGGAUCGUCAAAUGCAGGGGAUACUGAAGCACCACCACCUGAAAAUGAAGUAACGGUCCAUCCUAGCCCUACGAGUAACAUGGAAUUGCCAAUUUUAGCACGCGAAAGUGCUAAAUUUCAAUCAACAGCAAUAGAAGUUGCUAUUCCACCCAUUCAAACACAAGAAAAAAAGGAGUGUCUAUGAUGGUCGAAUUUUGUUUCCUAGGUUGCAAGGCCACAAUGGUAACAAUAUGUGCAGCAAGAAAAACUUAGUAUUAACGGAAUAGAACAGAUAGCACUAAAAAAACAAUUAAACAUUUGGUGAUGGUGAUGCUGUAAUUUCUUCUAAAGAUAGGACCAGUUUUGGUAAAGACACAAACGACUUAGUUGACUCCUUGUCCCUUUGAUACUUGAAGAGCCUCUCAACUCUCAGGUGUUUAUAUAUAUAGUAGCACUAAAUUAAAGAAGAAAUUAAAAGCUAUUAAAUCUGGA